AUGCCCCGGAACGCUGUACAAAUUGUGGUAGAUGGGAUGGAAACCGUUUUUUCUGAAGGUAUUGCUGUUUGUAUUAAAACUUAUGUUGAACAAAUGAUAUGUGAAGGCCAAUUACCUGCAGAGUGUCUCAAUAUUUUUACCAAUUUUAUUAAAGUAAUAGAAGGUGCCUUACUAAAUUUCAAAACUGAACACAAACGUUUUCAAUACUUUUCUGAACAAGGUUCUUAUAUUCCACCAAAAGAAAAAGUAAUUGGUCAAAGAUUAAAUAAUAUGAUGGUAAGAGGUUUGCAUGUUUUACAAAAAUUUUUUUCACUUGAAAAUGUUCUUUCUGAAACUUUUGACUAUAUGGCAACUUUAAAAAAUAAUAGUGGCGUAAUAACUAAUUUCAUACAAGGUAGUUACUGGCAAACUCGAAUUAAACAUCAUGAAGGACGAUUAGUACUCCCUCUUUUUAUGUUUUUUGAUGACUAUGAGAGUGGAAAUGUUCUUGGGAGCCAUUCUGGUAUCCAUAAGCUAGGUGCAGUUUAUGUAUCGAUACCAUGCUUGCCACCUAACCGUUCAACUACAUUGUCAAAUAUUUUUUUAGCAUUGCUGUUUCACUCUUCAGACCGAGUACAGUUUGGUAACAGAGUAAUUUUCAAUUCUAUUAUAGAUGAAUUCAAUUUUUUGAUGAAAACUGGUGUGUAUGUAGAUAGCUUAAAAUUCAAGGGAACAAUUUAUUUUGAGUUAGGACUUAUUUUAGGUGAUAAUCUUGGCUUACAUGCCAUUACUGGUUUUGUUGAAAGUUUUUCUUCCAAUUUCUGCUGUCAAAUUUGUACUAUGAAUAAGGAAAAUAUUAAAACUCAAUGUUAUGAAGAUAAAUCACUCUUGAGGUCUACAGAACAAUAUUUUAUUGAUGUAGAAAGAAAAGACUUGUCUUCUACAGGGAUAAAAGAAAAUUGUGUAUGGUUGGAUAUUAACGACUUUAAUUUAUUUGAUCAAGUUGAUGUAGAUGUUAUGCAUGAUAUGUUUGAAGGAUUUUGUAAAUAUGUUAUGAGUUUCAUUUUAGUCUAUUACAUAAAAGAAUUAAAAUUAUUUUCCUUGGAAGUAUUGAAUGAUAGAAUUUCUUGUUAUGAUUUCGGGCCAGAAAGCAAUAAACCAUGCACACUAUCUAUGGAACAUAUUAAUGUUGGUAAAGUUAGGCAAUCUGCUUCUGAAAUGUUAAUUUUAAUAAGAUACUUUGCCCUACUUAUUGGGGAUUUUGUACCUUUAGGUGAACCGAUUUGGGACUUGUAUUUGACUAUGCGUAAAGUAAUAGAUAUAAUGUUGUCAACAUCACUUGAGGAAAGUAAUUGUACAUUGCUAGAAACCUUAAUAGGUGAAAUGAAUAAUCUGUAUUUAAAAUACAGCAAAAGUAAUCUUAAACCAAAAUUCCAUUUCCUUACACAUUAUCCAUCUAUGAUAAGAAAACAUGGUCCUGUUGUACACUUAUGGUCGAUGCGAUUUGAAGCUAAACACAGGGUUUCAAAAAUAUCAGCAAGAUCAUCCUUCAACAGGCGCAAUAUUUGCUUAACAUUGGCUAUAAAACAUCAACUUCAGCUAAAUAAAUUAUUUAAUCAUGGGAAAUUAUAUAGUACAGUUAAUAUAGGUCCUACUAAAUUUAUAAAUCCUUCAAAACUUAGGCAAAUACAAGUUGAAUUGAAUUUGAGAACUGAAAAACCAUUAACUCGUAUUAAUUGGGCUGAAAUUAAAGGAACACAUUAUAGGGUUAAUAGUAUUUUGACUGAAGACUUAAAUGAUGACAAACCAAAUUUUGUGAUGAUAAAAAAUAUUUUUCUUUAUGGUUCUCAUGGGGUUAUUUUUGAAUGUUGCCUUUUAAGUACAGUGGAUUUUUAUGAACAUGUAUAUGCUUAUGAGGUUGAAAUAUUAGAAUCAAAUAGAAAAUUUAUUUUUCAAAAUGCAUUAUUGUCGCCUAUACCCAAUACUUUAAAUGUAGUCUCAGAUGGAACUAAAUAUGUUACAGUUAGAGACCCUUUAUAA